CUUCAGUCAAAAAUGGAUCUAGUCAACAGACUGCAGAGAUAUCGCAUAUUCCGUCUCGAUUACAAGGGAGCGGAAAUCGCCUACACGAAUGUGAUUGAUCGGCUCGAGUAUUUCAGCUCUUUUAUGGGAGUGAAUUUGUUCAAUCGUGUGUUUAAUUUUUGCAACUUUCGGUACUUGUGGGGCGUUAGUUCGCUUUUUAUAUACAUUUAUCUGGUGGUCACUUCGACACACUACUACCGGCAUGACAUCGAAAAGGCACUGUCCUGUGUGACAACCUUUGGGUUUUCCACUCAGGGAGCAUCAAAAAUAUAUUCAUUCAUCCUACGCCGCAAAAAGGUUAUUGAAGUCCACGAAAUGAAUAUGGAGUUUUUCAAAUUGGACAUAAUGAAGUACGAGACUGUUCAGAGAGCAUUCAAGCCAAGCGUCCACCUGAAUCACAUCAUACUGACGCUGACCGUAUAUGGAUAUAUUGGAAUUGUAGCAUUCAUCGCUUUGGCACCUGUAUUCUACGCCAUCAUCAUUUCUAAGCCCGUACUUGCCUUCGGUUUCGAAGCCAUUCAUUCCGAUUCCUGGUCGGCGUAUGCUUUCAACAGUUGGUUCCAAGUCAAUUGCACUUACUAUGUUGCAUUUCUGACGACGGUCACCGAUGGAACAUUCAUCCUUUAUCUCCUUAAUGCAACCGGACAAAUAGAUGCCAUCGUCGAGCUUCUCCACGAGCUGGACGACAUCAUGGCGAAGGGCCACGGGGAGCAGCAAAUCGAGGAGCAGUUGCAGAGAAUCAUCACGAUGCACAAACAUCACCAGCUGUACAUGCGAAAAGUGGAACAUUUAUUCAACUUGUACUUUCUGAUUUCCAUUGCAUCGCUUUGCUUCAACAUGUCGAUCUCGUUGGCUGCCUUCGUUCUGAUCGACUGGUAUCUGGGCGUUGUGGUGUCCUGCUUCGCUUCCGCUCAAAUAUUCUAUAUGUGUUUUCUUGGAUCUUAUUAUGAAACGAAGAGCGAGUACCUCGUAACGGAACUGGGGGCCUUCGAUUGGUACAAGUUGUCGGUCAAAAAUCGAAAGACGAUCAAAUUUUUGCUUAUGGUUUCGCAGUCUCCGAUAUUGGUAACAGCUAUUGUGGAAAAUUUGAAUGUAGCAGCAUACUUAAAGAUUCACAAAACCGUUUACUCGGGAAUAAUGAUGCUCUUACGAAUGAAGGAUUAAUUUCCAAAGCUCAACAUACAUAACUGUUUAAUGCAUCCCGGCACAUAUUUGUAAAGUUUAGUGCACAAGCCAAACAACAACGCAGUAAUAACCUUACAUAAUAAAAUAAUUAAAAAUUCAACAAUAACACCGAGCGUCAUAGAAAUGCAUAACAACAUAAAA